AUUCGAGAAAGAUGUUCAAGUGCUGAAAUUUUCACACCGUGUUGAAAUAAUUAAAAUACGAAACUUCGUCUACAAAGUGGAAGUUACUUCCGGAAUUUCCCGAGUUGAAUGACUGUGUAGUAUUAUUGUAGCAUUCUUAGAAAGGGAGGUGGUGUUUAAUUAAUUUUCAGGCUGCAUUUGUGGCUGAUUGAGUUUGUUAACUUGGAAUAACUUUAAGAUGCCGGUGUUCCACACAAAGACGAUAGAAAGUAUCUUGGAACCAGUGGCUCAGCAGGUGUCCAGACUGGUCAUUCUCCAUGAGGAAGCUGAGGAUGGGAACGCUAUGCCUGACCUGGCUCGUCCAGUUCAGACAGUCAAACUGGCCGUCGACAAUCUGGUCAAGGUGGGAUAUGACACAAUCAAUAGCAGUGAGGACCAGAUUUUGAAGCAGGAUAUGCCCCCUGCUCUGAACCGAGUAGAGGAGGCGUCGCUUCUCCUUCUCCAGGCCUCUGAGAUGUUACGGACAGAUCCGUACUCUGCCCCCGCCCGCAAGAAACUCAUAGAGGGAUCAAGGGGUAUCCUACAGGGAACGUCUUCACUGUUACUGGCCUUUGAUGAGUCGGAGGUGAGGAAGAUCAUCCGUGUCUGUAAAAACGUCCUGGAAUACCUAGCCAUUACAGAGGUGGUGGACAGAAUGGAGGACCUGGUUACUUAUGUCAGGAAUUUGACCCCUGUGUUGACUCGGAUGACUAAAGAAGUGGAUGCCAGGGAGAAGGAAUUGACCCACCAAGUCCACCGUGAGAUGCUGACCCGGUCCCUGGAACAGGUGAAAAACCUCACACCUGUCCUAAUUAGUGGGAUCAAGACAUACAUCACCGUCAAAGACUCGGGUAAAAAUCCCCAGGACACACAAGCCAACAGAGACUACCUGGUGAGAAAGAUGUCUGACGAAAUCCAUGAAAUAAUCCGAGUCCUUCAGCUGACAACGUAUGAUGAGGAGGAAUGGGAUGCUGAUGACAUCACCGUGAUGAAGAAAGCUCAGAGUGGUAUUGAGCAGAAGAUGAAACAGGCCACUGAUUGGCUGCAGGAUCCUGCUGCUUUGAUUGGUAGUUUAGGAGACAAGGCCCUUCACCAGGUUUUAGAUGACGCCAGGAAGAUUGCAGAAAGAUGUACAAACCCAGCAGACCGCGACCAGAUUCUCAAAACCGUGGGAGACAUCGAGUCUAUGGUGGACGCACUGUGUGAGCUCAGGCAGCUUGGAAAGGGAGAUUCCCCACAAGCUAUGUCACUUGCCAGAGAGAUUCAGAAAAAACUCGGAGACUUACAGAACAUGACCAAUGUGGCGAUCGCAAACACUGAGCGGAGUGGAAUACGACGACCAGCUCCAACUGUUGACGGCAAAGUGGAGCAGGCCAGGACAUGGCUAGCCAAUCCUGGAAUGGACGAUAAAGGCCUAGGUGAACAGGCCACUCGAUUAGUCGUGGCAGAGGGAAGAAAGAUAGCUAACUCCUGUACUGAGCCUCAGAGGACAGAACUCCUCAGGUUGUGUGACGAGACAGAAAUAUUAACCAAUCAGCUCGCAGACCUCAUCAGAAAUGGACAGGGAAAUUCGCCCCAGGCCCGAGCCAUUGCUAACCACCUGUCAGAGAAGUUGUUCCAGCUGAAAGGCAAAAUCAAGGAGGCUCUCAUCAACCAGGUGGCUGAAGAUUUUAUUGACAUCUCUACCCCUCUGAAGCAUCUCAGUGAGGCAGCUAUAGUUCCCCUAGGUACCCCAGGAAGAGAUCAGAACUUUGCUGAGAAGUCUCGAAACUUUGAGGGUCAUGCCAACAAACUUGCUGACACAGCUAAAAUGGUGGCCACUGCUGGAGGCUGCCGUAACAAGAAAACCGUGGAAGAAAUCUUCAAAACCUCGGCCCAGGUGGACGACCUGACCCCACAGUUGACGACGGCUGCUAAGAUUGUGUUCCAGGAUCCGACCAAUCAGGCGGCUCAGGAACACUUUGACCUGAUGAAGAAACGCUGGAUGGACAACAUGGAGAGACUGCGAGGCCUGGUGGACGAGGCUGUCGAUUCUUCUGCUCUUAUCAAGGCUGAAGAGGAGGGAAUUUUACGAGACACAGAGAGAGUUGAGGAUGCGAUCCAGAUGAAGGAUCCUCCAAGAAUCGGGGCCCAUGCCUCUAACAUCGCCCGCCGGGCCAACCGCGUCCUACAGGUUGCUCAACAAGAAGCUGAAAACAGUGAAGAUCCCAAAUAUGUAGACCACGUCAACCAAGCAGCUUCUAACCUUAGAUCAACUAUUGCUCCAAUGGUGCAGGGAGCUAAAGGUGUCUCUCUGAAUCCAGCCGACACUAAUGCCCAACAAAACUGGAGGAAGGCCAAUCAGAAUCUGAUUGACGCUGUCCGUGACGUUAGGGGUGCUGUAACGGUUGACGCCGGUGUGGAUCAGUUUCCCCCUCCACCACCCCCCGACCUGUCCGAGCUCAAAAUCUCAGACUUGUAUGGCCCCCCAAAGUGGGAGCCUGUGGCCCCCAGUCGAGUCCGAUCUCAGGCCGCCCCAAUCAGUCCGAGACCCCCUAGGGCUCCAGCCUUCUCCCCCCACAGUGACCCCUACUAUAGAAACGUGUCCGCUAGAGCGACCUUGCAUCAGGACCCCCUUUACCAGGGACAGUCCUGUGCCCCCAUGGUGCCCCCACCCCCCGUACCCCCACCCCCUCAGGAGUUUGGGUACUAUGGCAGAGAUGGCGCCCCUCCUCGCCCCCCUCUACCCAAUGACAAUGCCACACCCCCUAGACCCCCACCCCCAGAGACAGAUGAUGAGGAUGAGGCAGCCUUCCCCACCCCACAGGCCAAUCAACCCAUUAUGAUGGCAGCUCACGCUCUUCACAUGGAGGCUAAACAGUGGUCCAGUAAAGACAAUGACAUCAUUGCUGCCGCCAAGAAAAUGGCCCUCCUCAUGGCAAAACUUAGUCAGCUGGUCAGAGGAGAGGGAGGAACAAAGAAGGACCUGAUAGCUACAGCUAAAGCCAUCGCUGAGUCCUCAGAGGAGGUCACCAAACUCGCCAAAAAACUCGCAGCUGAGUGUACCGACAAAAUGAUGAGGAAG